UUGUCAUAAGGAAAUUGCUUUCUCCUCCAGUGAAACUCACGCCCGUUGAUCUGCACCACGAGGGCGGUGAUAGCGGGAUCCCAGGCGGAAGCCUUGGCUGCUCUCCUACCUGGAUGGCUGCUAAAAAUAGGAGUGAACUCAGCCACCAGGGUAUAAAAAGGCACCUCCCAGGGGAGCCUGGGAUCACUCAGCACCCGUGGCCCAGGAGCUCGUCUUGAGCUGUGUCCAAAGGAGCACAAAAAGUGAUGGAAAGCAGCACUCGGGCUCCAGCUGAGGAGAUGCCUCAGUGGGAUGUGGGGAGGCAGCCGUCAGGCAAGAUCCUCUCUCUGGACAGGCGAGAGGCCAAGAAGGUGCUGGAGAUUUAUGUCAGGCGCUCACUGAGCUGCCAUGAAAACUCACUGGUGGCCAAAAAAACCCUCCAGGAGAAAGACAGAGGACGAGGGAGGAAAACGGAUGGGCUACAACGGUCAGAAAGUGAUUUCUGCACGUACUCAAGUGCCAAAGCCAGCCCCAGGAAGGACCUGGAGGAGAGACUCAAAGCACCAGACCUGGAGGAGACUUUGGGUGAUGACAGCAAAGCCGCCCAGGAGGUGCCUAAAGAGGGGCUGAAAGCCAAGAGAAAAAGCACAAAGAACUCUUCCCAGAGCAAAACACAGCGCUCGGGUUCAAAACCAGUCUGGCUGAAAGGUUUCCUAAAUCUCUUCUUGAAGAAGAGCCCUGAGGACCAGAAGGAAAACACAGGGCAAAAAGCAAAGGAGAAAGAUGUCAAAAAUCAGGGCUCCAAACCAGAAGGAGCCAAAAAACACAGAGUAGACUCCAGCACGUCCCCAGCGCUGGGCAGAGCCCUGAAGAAGAAACCCAGCCUCAAGAAGGUUUUCUCCCUGAAGAAGCACGGGGAGGAGGAGCGGGGAGAGCCGGGAUCCGGGGCGAGGAGCAAGCGCCCCAGCUGCCUUCCCCUGCGGCACGUCCUGGGCCCAGCCCAGCCAGAGGCGGAGCAGCCCGACGGAUGCUACACCCAGGUGUCCCAGGACAUCGGGCUGAUCGUGCAGGGCGGCGAGAGCCGGGGGGACACGGCAGGAGAGCGUGGGGAGCCCCCAGAGCCCCCCGGCACCGACGGGGUCGAUGAAGCCAUCAAGAGAAUUGUUGCUCUGCUCCGGAGUGCAGGAGAUGAGCUGGACAGGGAGGUGAGGGAGGACGCGCGGCUGCAGCUGUUCUUCAGGGACAUGUCCUACAGCUCCUUCAAGAACCUGGCUGACGCCUACGUGCAGAGGGAGCUGACAGCCAGCAGGCCCAACGUCAACCCCCAGGAGAUCCAGUUUGCCUACACGGUCCAUCUCACCGCCACGGUGGCGGGGAUCUGCAGCCAGGCAGUGAACAGGAUCAUGGGCUUCGGCACCCGAUACCUGGAUGAUUCCUUCGCACCCUACGGCAAAAUUCUCCAGCAGAACAGAGAAAAGCUCAGGACAGACCACUGUGACAGCCCAGACUGACAGCUGCUGUGAGGGGCCUGUGGUGCCUGGGAAGCCAAGGAUGAAUAUUUGUGGUGGGAGGACAAUCCCUGAUGGUGACCUGGAUGUGGAGCGACCUUCUGAGCUGUGGAUUUAAAAUCUUUUCAGGAGAACCAACAGCGUGAAAUGCUUGAACUCCACCUGUCUGGGGGUGAAAAGUCAGUAAAUCAGAGUCCAAAUUUCACCCUGUAUUUAUAUUUUAGCUCCUGCCAACUGCUUGUGUUGAACCUCAGGGGUUGUUGCUGUUUGUACAUAUGUAUUUAUUUACCUGUUUUCUAAAUGUAUUUGUAAAUGUACAGCAUAAUUUUUGUAGUUUCUGCUACCAGCCAAGAAUCCAGUUUGAAAAAAAUUCUAAAACUCAAAUAAAUUGGUGCCUAAAUGCCA